ACAAGCCGAAAAUCGUUGUUAGCGCGAAAUCCGGCAAUAAUUAGAUUCCAAAUAUCUGAUAAUUGCAGGAAUCAUUCGGAAUGGCGGACGAAGCAUCUGUUCUGAAAGAUGAAAUUGAAAAAAUUAAGGAUGUUUUGGGUGAUGACGACUAUGGUGAAGAUGAAAAUUAUGACAGCGACGAAUCGGAUAGUCAGUUGUACAUUGAUUUGGGCCUCAGUCACACAAACAGUAACAAGGAUAAAGAAAGCACCAAUGUUGAUGCAUCUUCAGCCUCUGGUUUGACUUACUAUGAAGGGUCAUUGGGUUUGGAUGAGGAUUCUAGAAGUCGGCUGGGAUCAAUUGAUGAAGAUGGAGAAGAUAAUGUUAUGGCGGAACUUCCUAUAAAUGUAGAGACUUGUCUGGCUUUAAACAGAGCUUACCAGGAAAUCAUCUCAGAACAUAUACAAAGUAUUCAAGUUGCUAUAAACGAAAAUAGAGAAAAACAGCGUAUGUUAGAAGCUGAAUUAGAAGGAGGAGUUAAAACAGAAUUCAAACCUUCGACUUCUAAAGAACAUAGAUAUCUCAAUCUUCCAUACUUCAGAAAUUCUACAGGAUUGCCUCCGCCACCAAAUGAAGAUGUCAAGUUAAAAGGAUUAUUGAAUGAGAAAAAACAGGAAGCUAAGAUAAUGUUAGGCUGGCCAGCUAAAGCACAGCGUCAGUUAAUAUCAGCUGUUAGUAAAGAUUCACUCCAGAAAUUACUCCAACCCCUUAUGAAUAGGAGAGAAAUUUUAGAAAAUAAAAAACUGAAAGCAUUUGGUGUAGAAAAGGAAGCUCUAGAAAAAAAAAUUGAAGAACUUGAUCAAGAAAUUUCUCUCAAAAAGACAACAACUGAAGAGUAUUUAUUGAAAAAUGUUGAUGAGGAGAAAGUUGACUGGAUGAGAAUUGCUAAAAUAGAGUUUGAUGGUAAGAGAGAAUGGUAUGAGCUACAGAAGAUUUGGCGAGUUGUCGUCAACCCAGAGAUAAAUAAACAAGAUUGGACAGAAGAAGAAACAGAAAAUCUUUUACAACUUGUUGAGAAAUAUAAAACAGGACAUUGGGACCAGAUUGUAGAGGAAUUAGGGACAAAUCGUACACCUUUUCAAGCCAUGCAGUUUUACCAAGCUAAUCUUAAUUUUGGAUUACGUCAAAAACCUUGGACAGAAGAUGAAGAUGAGAAAUUGGGAGAAUGUGUUAAAUUUGUUUGUAAUAUCCCAUCAGAGAGAAUAAAAUGGAAGAAAGUAUCAUAUAUGAUGGAAGCAAGAAGUGCGGAACAGUGUCGUAAACGUUGGUAUCAGAUAGAUCCAGAUAUAAGUAGAUUAAAAUGGAAGGCUGAAGAAGAUGUGAGAUUGAUGUUAGCUGUUAAACUGAUAGGAUCAAAAGACUGGAUAAAAGUGUCUAGAUAUAUUCCACACCGACAUCCAGCACAAUGUAGAGAAAGAUAUUGUAAUUAUCUGGACCCAUCUUUAAAAGUUGGUUGUGGUUUUACCUAUCAAGAGGAUAAACAAUUAUUAACUUUAGUUAAACAAAUUGGUAUUGGUAAUUGGGCGAAGGUUGCUGCAUGUUUAGAGGGAAGAACAGAUCAGAUGGUAUCAACUAGAUACAAACGUUUGAUGCAGUGGAGAUACUCAGCUAAUUGGUUUAAAAAACAGCCAACAGACGUACAGAGAGCUAUGCAAGGUCUACCGUUAUAUAAGAAGAAGAAGAAUGAGAAACCAUCAGUUAACUGGGAUACAUAUUAUAAAGAUUAUGGUUUAAGACCAGAACACUAUCAACAACAAGCAGAAGAUAUUCAAGAAAAUGGAGAGUCUGAGUUUGUAGUGCCGUUACCUCCCUUGAUAAAAGUUCCGUUAAAAGGUACCCACAAGAAAGUUCUCGAUCGUCAUCGAGAGAGUUUAGCUGUGUCUCGUCAUAUUGAUUCAUUAUUAGAAGAUCAUGUGAUACAACUUCCACCCAAUGAAAUGGAGAAUAGAAAGAAAGAAAUAUUACGUCGUUUAGAGGAGCGAAAUGAAAGUCUUUACAGCUCAUCAGUACAGAAAUUAAUCAAAGAAGCUAAAGAAGCUGCCAAAGAACUUCACCGAAAACGUGUCACGACAAACAAGGAAAGACACAGGACUAUUCUCGAUCUACGUAGAACAAUUUUAGGCUCGUCUAUAAAACCUCGACUCACUACUGGCAGGCCUACAAAAUACUUCGCACUUGAAGAAAUAUCGGAAGUUGAGCAGAGAAAAUUAUCUGUUUCUAUUCUUUCAUUAUUCUCAUCGGCCUUGGAGUUAGAUGGUGAAGCCAUUUUGGAAAAUAUUGAUAAACGUCCAAAUAAGGAAAAUAUGUCAGUGAGCCAAAAAACCGAGGCAGCCAUUUUCAGAGAAGUUGUCUUAAAAGAUAAAAGUUAUACAGGUGUGCCUGUACAAGCACAAUCAAUCGAAACAAACGCACCGACUAAAAACAAACGGCGUUUGAUUGUGAAACAUGUUAAUCCGCCGCCCAAACGAGCACGAAAGAGAAGAAAGCCUGAUGAACAAAAUAGCAAUGAACAAUCUGCAACAGGUGUACAAAAUGACCCGGAAGUUUCUACAUCGCCAGGGCAACCAAGUACAAGUGAGAUUAUAUCAUCAGUGCCACUGAGAGAUGUAACACCAGGAACGCGAAUUGAGAAUCCAACGACUGCACAACAUAUACAAAAUGACGACUGUUCGUCCAAUUCACAGCAGAAAAAUGCAGAACAGUCAACAUCGUCAAAUCAAACGACUUCUGCCCACCAACAGCCAACAUCAUCCAAACAGCCAACAUUGUCACUACCACCAACAUUAUCACAACAACCAGCAUUGUCACAACAAGCCUGUGCACAACAGCCAGUAUCGUCACAAACACCAACAUCAUCUCAACAGCCAGUAUCAUCACAAACACCAGUAUCAUCACAACAACCAGUAUCGUCACAACCACCAACAUCAUCUCAACAACCAGCAUCGUCACAAACACCAGUAUCAUCACAACAACCAACAUCAUCACAACAACCAGCAUCAUCACAACAACCAGUAUUGUCACAGCAUCUGAAUCCAACACAAUCACCAUCAUCAGAAUCACCAUCUCAAACAAUUCUUAAAUCCAAAAGACCUGUUGAAGUAAAAAAUGGCCCUGUGGAUGAAAUGCCAUUUCUGCCGCCCAAUCAUUCUAGUUUAAAAGCUUUUAAAAAACUCCUAGUCUCGAGGAAAGACAUGAUGAAGCAAGCGGGAGGCGCGUAUAUUCACUUACGUAAAUUAAUAGAUCGUGCAAAAAGGAAUAAGUUGUUUACGUUGUCAGAAAUGGGAGGAAGUACGCAGAAUGCAAGCUGUCAGUAUGUCUAUGUCUUUCCCAAGAAUGUUCAAAAAUCGUCAAACUCUGACACGGCCACUUCUUCUAAUCAAGAUGAUGGUAAAGAUGCAAAUAAUUAUCUGGUUUCUACAGUUUCUAGAGCAGAUGUACAUGAAAAUAACAGUGAAUCUUCUCUUGGCAUGAAUAUCCUGGACAAUGAUGAACCUACAAGUACCACAGAACUAUCAGUGGUGCUUCCGCGUAAAUAUCCUGAAACGAUUGUCAAGACAGAAUCAGGAACUAUCGAUAAAGUGGCACGCGUUCCAGCGCUAGUCAAUAAUCUUGUCUCAAAAAAACUUGCUGAACAAUUGUUUAACAAACAAUCAAGUUCAAAUCAAAGUGGAAAUAUUGUUAAAAGGAACACCAGCGAGGCGGCCAUGGCAUCUACUUCAGUUUCUGAUGGAGAUUGUGAGAAUAAUCAGAGUGAAACGUCGUCUGUCACGUCACAGAAUAUUCGUGGUGGUAGUGGUGUAGCUAACGAAAUGAAUAGUGAUAACAGAUAUACAUCUCAAUCUCAACAAACUCAAACCGAGGAAACAGAGGAGGAAAGUGUACUGGAUAAAAUCCGACAAUCUCACGAUUAUAAAAUGUUGAAAGCCAGGUUCCAAUCAAUAUUUAUCUGGCCAGCGUUAUUAUCAUCUUUAUAUAUUCAAAAUGAGGAAGAGGAGAAGGAGAAGGCGGAUAAGACGGUGCCAAGUCCUAAAGAGAAAAGGAAAAGGCGUAAAAACAGGUUUCCCUGUUCAAGAUCAUCCAAGUAUUAUAAGUAUGUGGCUAAAAAUAAAAAAGAAAAAGAAAGCAUCCUGGCUCUAGCUCGUGAAUCAAAAAAACGAAAAUUACAAGGAGAUGUUCCCACGGAAACUGAUGGUGGAGCAGAAACGAUUACUUCAGGAGGAGACAACUGUAUUCUAAGCACAUCAAAGGGAGAUAAUUCUGUCUUAGAUACGUCUGUGGCUGAUAGCUCAGUGAAUGACAGUGUGACGUUAGACCAGGAAGGUGACCACCAACCACGCAAGAAGGGUCGACCUAGAGGAUCGAAAACUAAAAUAGGCGAUAUGUCAAAUCGACGACAGUCUUCUCGCCACACGGAGAAGAAAUCAUACACAGAGGAAACGGUUAUUUCCACACGACACUGUGAGAAAAAAGAUUACCACACUCCAGGACCUAAAAAAACAUCGUCAGAAACUCGAUAUCGAAAAGCCGUAUACAAGAUCGUCACUAAUGCUACACAAGAACUAGUAAAAGGUUUACGUUCUGCAUUCACACCCGGUAAAGAAGCUUGUGAUUAUAGUGGUAUGGCAGCUGAUGUAGAGCAGACAGGCGAUGUCACAGAAACGGAUAAUGUUAUUGAUGUAGACGAUAUUGUGAAUAAUGUUGUAAAUGCUAUGGAUAAAGCUGUAGAUGUUGAUGCUAUAGAUAAUGUUGUUGAAGUAGACAAUGUCACGGAUGUUGAUGCUGUAGAUAACGUCAUUGAUGUAGAUGAUGGGCAAGAUGAUGCCAUGGAUGUAGAUAAAAUCAUAGAUGUUGACGAUAUUGUAGAUUUAGAUGCUGAAGAAUCAUCAUAGUGAAACAAUUGAUAAGGUCAAUGAAGCGUGAUCAUUUUUACAGGGCUGUACAUUCCCUUGAUUUGGUAUAUAUACGAAUCAUACAGGAGAAAUAAGGAUGCUAAUGUCAGUGAAGCAUGGUCAUUCUUAUACAAACCAUACAGACCAACUUUGAAGACAAAUAAGGAUGAUAUGUCAGUGACGCGUGAUCAUUCUUAUACAAGCCAUACAGACGAACAUAAAGAGAAAUAGUGCUUCAUAGGUCUUGCUAUGGAAGAUUGAAGUCACACUGUAUAAAAUAAUUUUGCCAACUCAUCUAUCACACAAAAGUAUUUCAUCAUGUGAUAUUUGUAAAAUUGUAGUGACUAUACGUUUAGAUGAACUACUCAGAUGACUUUCCCUGUGUACAUAUGAUUAUGUUGGACAAAAUGAUAUUAGCAAAUAUUUUUCUUGUACAAUAACAAUGAUUGAUAUUACUAUUUGUGUCGAUAAUUUUCCGCCACCCAUCCCACCCAAAAACAAGAAACGGUUUUGGUAAAUACUCUCCCUAUAUUGUUCUUUUUUGUUAGUCAUAAAUUUUAUAAAUCAGUGCUUUAUUUAGGUUGAUAGUGGAAUCUUGUCACUUUUGACAUUGUUAAGAUAUGUUGGAUUAUCCAGCAUGACGGAAUACUCAUGCACAAAUGGCCGAUAUAACCGAAUUCGGAAUUGUGUGUUGCUGACAGUUUGACUAAAAAGAGCUCAUGUAAUGAUCCAAGCUACAAGCUGUUGCUAAAUAUAGUUGCAAUAAGUUUUAGUCGUGUUGGAUGCAAGUGUUGAAUUGCAUCCGUAGUUAUCACAUUAAGAAAUCUUAAUUGUCACAUUUUAAUAUGGGAAUAUCUCGGUGCCAAAAAUUUCAGAAUCAAUGGCAGAUAUAAGCUUUCAGAAAAAAAAGGCUAACCAGAAAGCAUAUUGAUUCAAAGAGUAUUAAAACCGAUAAAUCCUUAUGGUCAUCUGUAUAAUUUAUGCAAGAUGUUAUUUUUGCUGUUUGUAUUCUGUUCAUUACUCUAUUCACAUUUAAAGUCGAUGGUCAUCAUUUAAGUGAACUAGAAAUCUCUUGCGAACUACAUUGUGUAAUAGAGAAUCUCCUACGAGUAGAAGUUAAAAUUUAUCACCCAAACCUUUCUUACACGCACAAAUAAAUAAAUAUAAUUCUUUGGUAUAGAUUGAAAGUGAUAUCUCCUAGGAGAUAUGGCUCAGUAGAAUAUGAAAGUUAUCACACAAGCGAUAUCUACUGUAGAAUGUGUUAUUGAGUGAUAAAGUUGAAUCUCUAAUUGGAAUAUAUCGUCGCUUUUCUGGCGAACCGAUGAAUCUGAAAUAUUUAAGUAUUGAGAAUUUGCGCUCUGUUGUUAUCUCUAUGUCCAUCAAAUAACAACGUUUAUGUAAAUGGCCUUCCAUGUCCUGAUGUAUAUUGAAUAUUAAAUCAUAAAUAAAUGUUAAUAUUUGAUGGCUACAGAGAUAACAACAGAACGCAAAUUUCAAACGCAUAAUUCUCAAUACUUAAAUAUUACAGAUUCGUCGACGAUAUGUCCAAAACGGUUAAAUUCCAUUCAGUAUUCACAAAAAUAUGAAUUAAAAAUUUGUCAACAUUCUGAAAUCCUCUGUAGAUGAUAUAAACAGGAUAUGGUCCUUGGAAUGACGAUCAGAGACUUUAAAUUUAAAAAAUAAAAACUUUUAAUGGCCAUUAUGUAAUCUUUAAAUCUCACCUAAAUUUCUUGAUUGUUUUAAGGAACUUGUUUUCCAUAUAAUUGUGUCAUGUGAUAAAUGAAAGGAAAGUUUGUUGGGCCCUAGACCCAGGAGUUCAAGGAAUAUUUUACAAACUUAUUCCAAAUUUCAAUAUUCAGAUUUAUUUUGUUGUUAUUAUUAUUGUUGCUGUUUAUAGAAGUAAAAAAAGACAGAAAAUCUUCAAUAAGGCCAUGUAAAAAAUUUUUUUAUGUUUCUCAGAUACUCCUGUGUCGCUUAUAAAAAGCUGUAUGACUCGUAUUUAUUUGAAAAAAUAAAAACAGAUUGAUUGAUAAUCUCAUUUAUAUAUUUUCCCCCAUAGGCUCAAUUAUCUAGUCUUUAAGUCUGAUAAAUGUUAUUGGAAAUCAUAAAUGAUACUGGAUAAUCAUCCAUUCCUUUAAACAGCACUCAAGAUAAAUGUAUUGCCUUGAAAUGUGAUGUAUAUGAGAAAUCAUUUAGCCCAGUUGUGAUUAUUUCAAAUAAACAAAAACCUCCCACUUACAGAAUUCUUGGAAGGAUCAGUUCGAGAACCAGGAUAUUUUUUUUUCUAUGGCCUAAUACAAUGUAUGUACAUUUGGUUUUGAUACGAACAGACUUAUACAAAGUAUAAUGAUAAUGUUUGGUUGUAAAUAAAACUGUUAAUGAUAAA